GGAAGCCUCUAGUACUUUCCUUAGUUUCAGGUAAGCUAAAGCUUCUGGUUGCAAAGCUGUUUUUGUUUCUCAAAAUAUCUUCCUUCAUGUUCAUCAGAACAAAGAAAUUUAUACAGGUUUGUAACAACAUGAGAGUGAGUAAAUGAUGACAGAAUUUUCAUUUUGAGUGAACUAUCCCUUUAAAUGUGUGUGUGUUCGGCGCUGCAAGAAACGACACGUCUGACGUCAUCUGUUUGUCGGCUCUUGCGGCGCUGAGUAAAGUUGAGCACAUAAAAAAAACUCGAAACAGCUGAACUCGACAAAACUGCUCUGUGUACUGUAUGUCUGCGCCUCGUUCAUUAAUUAGUAUAAUAGUAUAUAGCAGAAAAAGUUCUCCCUUACUUCUCAGCGUAAGAAAUACAAGGUGUGAACUGAUUGAAAUGCGUGUCUCACGGUGAAGACUUGAGAGCUCUGUCAUAUGUAACCUAAAAGACAAACAUGCGCCUAUCUGCUUUGGCAGACACAGAAGACACCACAUAAUGUAGCUGCUCUCUCGCACUUUUACUAAGGAAUGAAGACAUGUCCACCUCAGUGGAAGAACAACUAAAUAAAAUCAAAAAAGAGAGCAGCUCAAUAACAGGAUUCAUCACCAGAUAUAUUCUAAACACCAGGACUGUAAUUGAUGAUGAAAAGCUGAAGAGAGUGGCAUUUGGAGUAAAACAGAAGAACAAACCCCAGAAAACCAUAUUAAUAGUUGGAGAAACAGGAAUAGGAAAGUCGACUCUCAUCAACGCCAUGGUCAACUACAUGCUUGGUGUUGAGAGUAAAGACAGAAUGUGGUUUGAGAUCAUAGAGACAGAAGAAAAACAAACUGUUUCUCAGACUCACGCAGUCACAGUGUAUGACGUGUUUACUGAACUCUGCCCUUUCUCUCUGACCAUCAUUGACACGCCUGGGUACGGAAGCACAGAAGGUAAAAAGGAUUUAAACGUUGCUGAAAGUUUACUUGGGUUAUUCAGCUUUAACGAUGGAGUUUAUGAACUUGAUGCAGUUUGCCUUGUGAUGAUAUCAAUCACCGCUCGACUCACUGAUAGGCAUCACUAUAUUUUUAAUGCAGUUCUCUCCUUAUUUGGCAAUGAUGUGGAGAAAAACAUUGUCCUGUUCAUCACACAUGCUACCAAAAAGCCUAAUAAUGCCAUUAAGCUUGUAAAGAAAUCCAAAAUCCCAUGUGCUCUGACUGCUGAAGGAGAACCUGUGUAUUUCAGAUUCGACAACAGUCACUGUGAAGACUUUAAUGAUGAUGAAAUAUCAGAUGAUUAUCAAGCUUCAUGGAAUCUGUUGAACACAACCAUGGAGAGCUUUCUGUCCUUUCUGAAAGAAAGUAAACCCAUAAGUGUAAAGAUGACAGUAGAAGUGCUGAGAAGCCGCAAACAACUGACUGCAUCCAUCUCCAAUAUAAAAGAUAAGAUUAUACUGACAGAACAGAAACAAAAAGAGCUCGAGCAGACAAAAGAGGCUUUACAGGAAAAUGAGAAAGAAAAAAGAGACAAUGAUAACUUUGAAUAUGAAGUAGAUGAGGUCUAUAAAGUAAAAGUACCACUAGAAUACAGGUGGUGGCACUAUGGAUGGAAAGAGGCUACUUGUUGUAGCGUCUGUGAGGAGAACUGUCAUUACCCAUGGUGCCGGUGCAUCCUAGGUCUCUCCUGGUGUAGUGUCAUGUCUAAAGGGAAGUGCACAGUGUGUAAUGGAAAGUGUCACUACACUGAUCAUGUUAAAGAGGGAAAAUACUAUGUGUCAGAGACAAGAAGGGUCAAGAAGACUAAGGAAGAUCUAAAAAUAAAAUACAUGAUAAAGUCUGAUGAGAACAAGAGCUUGAUGAGUCAAAUAGAGAAUGAGAUGGAAGAAAUGGAAAAAGAGAAGAAGAGACUGGUGGAAGAGUGUUAUCAAUAUGUGGUUAAACUGGAGGAGAUCGCCCUGAAGAGGGACUCUGUGUUUACACUGAAACAUCUGGAUUUUUUGAUUGAGAAAGUGAAAGAAACAGGAAAGCCAGAUCAAGUGCAGAAACUUCAAGAUAUAAAAAGCAGCGUUGAUAUACAGUUGUAUGCAACAAAUGAUUACUGGUCAAUGCUAGACUAGUGGAUACAUAAACAUACAGGAAAAGCCUGUAUCAUUUCCUUGAUGAAGGAAAUGAAUGGUUAACUUCAUGCUCAUUAGAUGAACCUUAUCAAUGUUAUUCAACUUCAAAACCCUGCUCUCAUAUUCCCAUACAAAAGAAAAGUGAGAUUAAGGCUAUAAAUACCAGAAAACGUAGAGCUAGGAGAAAAAGACAAAAAGAAGAAGAAAAAAGAAGAGAAUAGAAAAAG